AUGCUCUUACACAAUAAUACGAUUGCCACUGCUGGUUUUCUUUCACCUACAGAAUCUCCAUCAUCAACAACAAGUGUCUAUUCUCAAACAAAUCCAUCAAUACCAUCAACAAAUCAAUUUUAUCAAAAUUUUCCACCACCUUGGAUUCAACAAUAUAAUAAUCAACGAUUAUUAACUCAACAAUUUUUUGAGUUAGAGAUAUUUAUUAACAGGAGAGAUAAUGUCUGA